GAGGAAUAAAACAUAACGAAACUUAUCUACUGUCGGACAGCAAUUAACGUGGUUUAACUUUGUUUAUGCUAACUACAGCGUGGUAACAGAAAAUCCGACCACGCACCGAUAUAUUUCGAGAUAUUCUUCCUUUUCCUUUAAUAAAGAACAUUUCUUGGUUUUGGUUUGUCGAUAAAAACGAAACAGUCACGUGCGGCGCGAAAGGACACGGGAGGGGGUGUUACUAGGGGUGACGUCACCACCGAGAUCCGCGCGAGACCCGCCUUAGAAACAAGCAAAAAAAAUAAAUAAAAGCCGAGGUCGUUUAUUAUUAUUAUUAUUGCUAUUACUACUAUUAUCGUCGUGGUUGUUUUGUUGCUGCUGCUAUUAUUAUUAUUUUCCGCGACCCAAAUGCCAGGUCCCACUCAAGCACUGUCCCCGAAUGGAGAGAAUAAUAACGACAUCAUUCAGGACAAUGGGACCAACAUCAUCCCUUACAGAAAGAACACAGUGCGAGGAGAGCGCGCGUACAGCUGGGGCAUGGCGGUCAACGUGUAUUCUACCUCAAUCACCCAGGAGACUAUGAGCAGGCAUGACAUCACGGCCUGGGUCAACGAUCUGCUCAGUCUAAACUACACGAAAGUGGAGCAGCUCUCUUCAGGAGCUGCUUACUGCCAGUUCAUGGAUAUGCUUUUCCCCGGCUGCAUCAGUCUUAAGAAGGUCAAGUUCCAGGCCAAGCUGGAGCAUGAGUACAUUCACAACUUUAAACUUCUUCAAGCCUCCUUCAAGAGGAUGAAUGUGGACAAGAUAAUUCCAGUAGAGAAGCUCGUCAAGGGUCGAUUUCAAGACAACCUGGAUUUCAUCCAGUGGUUUAAAAAGUUCUUUGACGCCAACUAUGACGGUAAAGAGUACGACCCCUUGGAGGCGCGACAGGGCCAGGACGCCAUUCCUCCUCCUGACCCCGGGGAGCAGAUCUUCAACCUGCCGAAGAAGUCACCCCAUGCAGCCAGCUCUCCUACGGCAGGGGCUACUAGAUCAACGAGUUCGACCCCCAAAUCGUCCACGUCAACCUCGCGACCCUCUUCUGCCAAAAAGGGCCCUGUAACGACAGCAGCAAUCCCGGCCAAGGGCGAGAAGGAGCUGGAGGCUCAAGUAGCACAGCUUAACGAACAGCUGAACAUGUUAAAGUUAUCGCUGGAAGGGGCGGAGAAGGAGCGGGACUACUACUUCGGGAAGCUACGGGAGGUGGAGCUGCUGUGUCAGGAGCAGGGCCAGGAUAACGGACCGUUUGUGGAAAGAAUUAUGGAAGUGCUGUACUCGACAGAUGAACAGGAGGCUGGAGGUGAAGAACACGAGGCUCUGGCACAGGAAGUGGAAGUCCCUGACGACACACAGGAUGAAUAUUGAACACACACACACACACUCGUGCGCCCCUUUGCCGUUCGUCAGUUUUGACUUUUCUUUUCUGUUAAAACGGCACAAGAGAAAAAGUCCAGAAGCCACUUUUAAAUUUGUUUUGGUAUUUUGUGAAAUCUGGUUUCUAUACAUGCCUCCAUGUUACACACACACACACACACACACACA